AAACAACACAAUUGCUUGUUUAAAUUUGAAUGUGCAUCUCGCAGGUGCAAUUUUCUGCUCCUCUGGUUUGGAUGUGAAAAGGGGCUUGACGGGAAAUAGGUGCAACUGCGUGGGUAGGGUCAUGCAGCAAAGCCCAGAAUUGGGGCAUUUAUUUUCUCAAAGUGGGGAGCAGCUUGGCUGAGACCCUGAGCUCCUGAACGAUGGAGAAAACAUGAGGGGGAGAAACCACAGCUGGACAAAUAGCCUUGCCACCGAAGGCUCGUCAUAGGUCCGCGGGGCAGAAAAGAGUUAAAAUGCCGUUGUCUAAGCCCCAAGAACCCAGGAAGGGGAGAAUGACGGUGAUGCUCGCUCUGGUGACCCUCAUAGCUGCCUUCGGAUCGUCCUUCCAGUACGGAUACAACGUCUCCGUGAUCAAUUCUCCCGCUCCGUUCAUGCAAGAGUUUUACAACGAAACUUACCAGGAGCGAUAUGGUAAAAUUAUGGAUGAGAACUUGAUGACCGCCCUCUGGUCUCUCAGCGUGUCGUUCUUCCCUCUCGGGGGGUUCUUUGGAUCACUGAUGGUGGGCCCCAUGGUGAACAGCUGUGGCAGAAAGGGCACACUGCUGAUCAACAACAUCUUCUCCAUCAUCCCCGCCAUCCUCAUGGGGACCUCCAAGGUGGCCAAGACCUUUGAAGUGAUCAUCAUCUGCCGCAUCGUUAUUGGCAUCUGCGCAGGGCUCUCUUCCAACGUUGUCCCCAUGUACCUCGGGGAGAUGUCCCCCAAAAACCUCAGAGGAGCUGUCGGGGUGGUGCCCCAGCUGUUCAUCACGGUGGGCAUUCUGGCAGCCCAGAUCCUGGGAAUGCGGAUGGUCCUUGGAAGCGCCGAAGGGUGGCCGAUCCUCAUGGGCCUAACAGGAGUGCCCGCCGCGUUGCAGCUCCUCCUACUGCCUUUUUUUCCUGAGAGCCCCAGGUACCUGCUGAUCCAAAAAGGUGAUGAGGAGAGUGCAAGAACAGCUCUGAAGAAGCUGCGAGGCCGGGACGACGUGGAGGAUGAGAUGGAGGAGAUGCGGCAGGAGGACCUAGCGGAGAAAGCCGAGGGGCGAAUGUCGGUGCUGGCCCUGUUCACCUACCGAGGCCUUCGGUGGCAGCUGAUCUCUAUCAUCGUCAUGAUGAUGGGGCAACAGCUCUCUGGGGUUAACGCGGUGUACUAUUAUGCUGAUCGAAUAUACCUGAAUGCAGGAAUAGAGGAAAACAACGUGCAAUUCGUCACGGUGGGAACAGGAGCCGUCAACGUAGUCAUGACUAUCGUUGCGGUCUUUAUCAUCGAGUCCUUGGGACGAAGGGUGCUGCUUCUGGCUGGCUUUGGCAUCUGCUGUGUUGCCUGCGCGGUGCUAACCUUAGCGCUGAAUCUCAAGACGAUCACGUGGAUGCCUUACAUCAGCAUCGCCUGCAUAAUCUGCUACGUCAUCGGACACGCAAUCGGAGCAAGCCCCAUUCCCAGCGUCAUGAUCAUGGAAAUGUUCCUGCAGUCCUCUCGGCCCGCUGCAUUCAUGGUGGGAGGCUCUGUGCACUGGCUUUCGAAUUUCACCGUGGGGCUUGUUUUCAGCUACUUAGAGCGAGGGCUCGGCCCCUACUGUUUCCUGAUUUUCUGCGCCGUCUGCUUGGCCACCGCCAUUUACGUCUUCCUCAUCGUCCCCGAAACCAAGAACAAAACCUUUAUGGAGAUCAACCGGAUCAUGGCCAAGAGGAACGGCACCGAGGAACAGGCGGAGAAGGACGAACUGAAAGAUUUCACCGCCAUCUCCGCCCCGUACGGCAAGAAAAUCGAGGGGGAGAGAACCAGCGCCUUGUAAGGUCUUGCAGCCCACCCAAUUUCCCCCACGCGAAGGUGGGUCCACUGUAAAUAAAGCCACAGAGCGGUGCUUUGAUGCUUCUCCGGUUCGCCAGGCACCUCUCUUCACCUCUACGGGCAAGGGGCACCCCCAACAUCUUAGCUUUCCGAGGAGGAAGCGGGCGCACGAACAUUGCAAUUUUUCAGUGGGUGCCCUCCGAGGUGGGAACGGAGUUGGCGAAGAUCCUGCUUUGGGAGGGGCUCAGCUCCCGUUGGCGCACGCUUGGAAAGCGCAAGCGGGCGAAACCCGCGCUGCGUUCCUGACGGGGUGGACCCUGAAAAAUGCAUCAAUAUUCUUCCUUCUUUGCUGUGGUUCUUCUUGCAUACGGGCACAUCCGUAGUUCUGUUCUCCCACGUGGAUAGCGAUGGGGCUUCUGUUCUUCGAGAACCCCCCUAAUUGAACCGGGGAAAGAGACCCCCCGUUGCAUACCCUGAAAUUCAACGGGUGCAUUUUAUUGUCACCCCCAGCCUCUCCCCGAAGUGAUGCCUUCCAGAUGGGUUAGGCCAAUCUUCCUUUAGAGCAGCGUUUCUCAAUCUUCUCAGC